CAAAAGUGCGCACCCCACACCUUUCCCAAAAAUAAUUUCGUCUCCUUCUUCUCGACCUCAUUUUUUUUUCUUUCUUUUUUAUCUUCAAAAUGUUGCUUGAACAAAAUUAACCAAAUUCUGCCAUUCAUCUUCUCUCUCUGCGCGAUCAGUUGGAUCCUCAACGUCAAAUGAUGUCAGCUACAGUUCAAAUGCACGCUGAUUGAGGUCGUUGCUUGGAUUUGUUGGUAUACAUACAUUUGAAGAUGGUCAGAGACACGGCUGGAGAUACGUGGUUUGCUAAUAUAUGGAAGAGUUCGCGUAAGAGCAUAUCGUGGGAGCCUGAGAGACCAGUGGUUGGAAUUUUGGCUUUUGAAAUAUCAAGGUUGAUGUCGAAGUUGGUUAGUAUAUGGCAGAGUCUCACUGAGGGACGAGUUGUGAGGUUACGGGAAGAAAUUGCAAACUCAGUCGGCAUACAGAAGCUUGUUUCUGAAGAUGUAGAUUAUCUUAUGGAGCUUGUUCUUGCUGAGAUAGUUGAGAAUUUGAGAAGUGUGGCGAAGUCGGUGGUUGUGUUUGGAAAGAAGUGCACAGAUUCGGAAUACCACAAUCUGGAAAGAAUUUUUGAUGAUGUAGUUGAGAUUGAUCCAAAAUGGCAUAGUUGGCAAUUUAAGCCGAAGAAGAUGGAGAAGAAAGUGAAGAAAAUGGAGAGGUUUGUGGCGGCAACAGAACAGCUAUUUCAAGAGCUUGAAGUGUUAGCGGAGCUUGAGCAGAGCCUGAGGCGUAUGCGAGCCGGUGCAGAUUCAGGUGGGGUGAAAUUGCUUGAGUUCCAGCAGAAGGUCGUGUGGCAACGCCAGGAAGUGAAGAAUCUUCGGGAGAUGUCUCCAUGGGUUAGAACGUAUGAUUGCAUUGUUCGGCUUCUUUUGAGAUCUAUUCUCACCAUUGUUGAGAGGAUCAAAACUGUUUACGGGUCUAAACAGAGUGGAAAUGUAGAAGGUUGCAUUGGUUACGAGCAUACAAACAGUGACUACCUUGUGUGUGGUAAUUCUAUGUCCACUGGGCGGCAAAUGUCAUUUCAUCAAUCACAAUCCAACUCUUCCAGAUUUACAGUUCCUUUAGGGAGGUCGUUUUCAAAUUUGGGCCUUGGAGGAGGUAGCAAGAGCAAGUCAAAGGACAUAAAAAACCAUCGUCGGUCUGAAUCAUCUCUCUCCUCUGGAAAACAACAUCCAGUAAAAACUCGAAUAUUUGCUCCUGCUGGAUUGACAGGAUGCAUGACCCGGGGAAGUGAAUCUCCCGUUGUAGAUAGUUGCACACCUUCAUGUGGCAGCUCAGCCAGGCCAUAUGAUGUUUCUCUAAAACAUGCAAUUGAAGUGAAAAAUUUCAGAGAAGUGCCAGUCGCAUAUGGUGGCAUAACCUCUACAAAAAUUUCUCUCUUUAAUUCCAAACGGCAUCUGCUGGAAGCUUCGUCAUCUACUCUUGGUUAUGCUGCAUUGGCCCUGCACUAUGCCAAUGUCAUCAUAUUGGUUGAAAAGUUAGCUUCCGCGCCUCAUUUAAUUAGCCUUGAUGCAAGAGAUGAUCUUUACUAUAUGUUGCCUGCAACUAUCAAAAGCUCUCUGAGGACAAAGCUGAAAACAUUUUCAAGAACUUCAGCUUCAUGUUUCUACGAUGCUGCAUUUGCAGCUCAGUGGAGCUUAGCGAUUACAACAAUAUUGGACUGGCUGUCUCCACUUGCUCAUAACAUGGUAAGAUGGCAAUCUGAGCGGAACGUUGAAAGGCAGAGAUUGGUGUGUGGGUCUAAUAUUCAUCUUGUCCAGACACUUUACUUUGCAAAUCUAAGGGAGACUGAGGCAGCAAUUGUAGAACUCCUGAUGGGCUUAAAUUACCUCUCUAGAUUUGGCAGUGUUAGUCUGAAACCAUUCCAAGAGUCUUCGUGUAGUCAGGCAUAUGAUGGUUAUGCAUUUCCCACUGAUAACAUGUACUACAAGAUUAUUGACGAUUCAUCAUGACAGAGAUGUGAUGUUCCUACACACAACACAUGAUAGGCGAAAAACUUUCAUGUGGCUUGGUCUGACAUUGUGUUUUUCCACGCAUGCCGAGCACAAUGUUUUCUUCAAAGUCUCCUCCCCUCCCAGAAAUGAAAAGGUAUUCUUGUGCUGGUUCAUAUAAUAUAUGAUGCUGCUUGUUUGUGAAAGAGCAGAACUUAUAUGCUGCUAAAUUUGUUCUCUCUCAAAUAGGUGUGGUCUUUCUCUGUUGUAAUUAGCUUUAAGAUAAUCUGUAAUUGUCACUCUUUCAUUUAGAUAAUCAGUCUGAUCAUGUUGUUUAUCCAAGUUAAUGAAUUGUUAGAUCUGGAUUUGAUAA